UACAAAAGCGGAACAGGUCAAAAGAAGAAGAAGAAGAAGUCAGUAGUAAACAAACAUGGCUCACUGGUUUCACAGGAAUCCCCUCAAGGCCACGGCCGAUGUCAAAUUCGACCUUAAGAUGGUAGCCUCGGAUAGCCAGGCUCUCAAGAUAUGCAGUGACCUGAAGCAAGCGAGGGCAAGGCUACUGGAGCUCCUGCCCAACGCGAACCAUGAGAUCGAUGUGGUGGAGCCGGCCCUCACCCUGUACCUCUCCCUGCUGCGCGGCAUCAUCGAGGUGCCCGAAGGGGAGAGUUCAGACUGGAGCAAGAUGCGGCACGCCAUACGCUUCCGCUGGACACACUCCAUGCUGGGCACCAAGCCAGAGGCUCACCAUGAUGCUGUCUACGAGUUGGUGUCGGUCCUCCAGAACACAGCCUUCUGGUACAUGAAACAUGCAUCUAAGCUUGCUGCACAGGAAGAGGUGAGCAUGGACGAAGCCAAGCUGGUCCACCGAAGCUUGAGGCGAGGUGCAGGGCUGCUAAAGUAUGCCCAGGAUGAGUGGGUGAACAAGCUGAUCGAAUCACCCGCCCCCAUGAGUGACUCUGACCCUCGAGUGCACACGGCGUACCUCAACCAGGCCACAGCGGAGGCUCAGGAAGUGACCAUUGCAAGGGCCAUCGAGCUGAAACACAACGCCGGGCUCAUUUCUGCGCUCUCCAAUGAGACGUCGAGGAUGUUCACAACGGCUGCGGACUCCAUCUCAUCACUGGACGAGAAGAUUUUUGGCCACUGGUUUCAGUACCUCCGACUGAAGGCUGCUUUCUAUGCCUCCUAUGCCUACAACUAUUCCGGGCAGAACUUGCUGAACCAGGACAAGUGUGGCGACGCAAUACGAGCGCUGCAGGAGGCCACAAAAAAGUACGAGGAGGCCGGCCAGUUGUGCAAGGACUACGCCCACUCCAAGGGGCCGGGAACGUAUGCCAAGCCGGAGAAGCAUCAGUUCUACCGCCGCCUCGCACCCAUCGUCACGCGCACCCUGGAGAAGUGCGAGCGAGAGAACGGCAUGAUCUACCAUCAGAAGGUUCCGUUCGACCCACCGGAGCUUGAAAUAAAGGCCACGUACGGACUGGUGGCCCCCGACGACUACACCCUCCCCCCCAUGGCCCCGCUGUGGACCCCUGUCACCUACAGUGCUUUUGACCUGACCAAGAACAGUGCUGACGAUGAAGCUGCUAAGUCCAAGACGUCCCAGAAGUUGGAGGGAGACUUGCCGCCCGUGAAGGAGGCAGACGUGCACCAGUCAUCCAAGGACCACAAGAACGACAGCGGGUGCUCCCUCAUGUAGGCUGGGGCGCAGGUGCUUAGGCUCAGGCACAGGUUCAAGGUACAAAGGAAGGGUCAAAUUACCACCAGGGUCAUAAAACUACUCCUGGAAAUACUGGCAACUCCUACGAAAGCCUUGUCAACUAUGAGUUCUUGGAUGACGAAAUGUCUUAUAAUACGACCCAUGGAUUGCUCUCCUUCACUUAACUCAGACUUGUAUUUAGGUCUUGUUUGCCAGUUUGUAUCCAGCAUUCCUCUAAGUAUAAGUGUCAGAUAUAAAACUCUCCUUGAAAAUUGAACGGAAAUAGUCUCAAAGUUAAGUUAGACAGUAUUUUUAACGUCGUAGUUCUGUUGAUUUUUUUUCUCUCAGUGCUUUCUCCCCAUAUUUACAAGUGAUAGAGUGAAAGUCCCUAAGUCCAAAGUUUGCCAGUGCUUUUAUAUUACAUUGUCUCUCCCAAAAACAGUGAAUUCUUUUAAAGUUUUGAAAUUAUAACAUGAGAAAAGCAGUUGUCGAAAAAAAUUGAUAGUACGAUGUCUUGCAAAUUGUUAAUCAUACCUCCUGGAAAAGAAUCCCCCAAACAGUGAAUUCUUUUAAAGUUACGAAAUUACAAUAUGAAAAAAGCAGUUGUCCCAAAAUCCAGUAGUAUGCCGUCAAGCAAAUAGUUAAUUAUACCUCCUAGAGAAAACUGAAUUCAUGAAGGCAGGACAUUUUAAUCUGGAAAAAAUGAAAAUGAUUGUCCAAGAAUCCUGCGGUGUGAAUUCAUGAUCAGAAAAAAAUCACAAUCCCUCCAAAAAACAUCUGAAUAAGAAAAAAAUGUAAUCCCUCCAGAAAAAAGCAUCAAUAUAACGAAAAUUAACCUCCAGAAAAAAAUAUUGAAUAACAAAAAAAUAUAACUCCAUGGAAUGAAAAAUAUCUAAAUUCUUGUGAACAGGAAAUUAUAAUGCCAAAAAUGAUGGAUUUCUGUAAAAGCUGCAGCCCAGAUUCACACAAGUAAGGAUGUCGAUAAUCUCAUCCAACUCCAUAAGGGAAAAUACGGAUGUCAAAUGAAGAAGAACAAAAGAAGAAAGAAUUAUAAUCUCUCUAAAAACAACAAUCCGAAAUCUUGAAAUCAGGGAACAGUAGUCUGAAAAAAAAAUAUAAAAAUGUCUGAGAUUUGGAAUGAAGGAAAUCUUUAAUGAGAUAUGAAGAUUCAGCUGACUUUUGCCAUAAUUUGAGUGGUGUCUUUAGGUUGGCAAACUUACCGUGUGUAAUGUUUUCGGCUUUGAAGUUCAUGUGAAGUCUGUCAGUCUGAAUUCCAUUGCUCUGAAUUUCCAAGGAGUUUGAAGUUUCGAAAGCAGAAAAUUCUAAUACGAAAAAAAAUCUCAAGAAUCCAAAGGCAAAAAAUAUUAAUCUGGAUAAUCCCAAGAAUUUGAAUUCUUGAAAAUAGAAAAUUCUGAGCCAAAAAGAGUCACUCGGAAAUUUUAUUCCCAGAAAUUUUAACCAGGAAAAAACACAAGUCUAAUUUCUGUAUCACCGGAGUUGUAGAAAAAAAAGAUAAUUAACAGUUUGAAUCCCGGAGUUCAGAUUGCCAGACUUUUACAGCACGUGCUUAAAAAUUAUCGUGGUUGUUGACGUUUUUUUAGUUUAUUUUUAUGUAAAAAAUUAUAUAUCUUCACAGCUAUUAAUACAACAUAAGAGUUUUAUAUUCAGUAGUAGGGGUAACUAUAAUUUGAUGAUCUUUAAAUAUACAGUAGAUGAUUAUACCAAAGAAUUAUUUCAUUGUGAGGUCAUGUUCCUAUUACGGGGGUACACACAGAAGGGUAAUCACAUAUAGUUAGUUAUCACUCACAUUAACUGUCUACAUUACUGCAUAAUAUAUAGAAUCAAAUGACCUCCAAACAUCAUACUUAAGGAACUGAAAACUAUACUCAGACGAUAUGAAGUCCGUUGGGGUGGUAUCCAAGCCUCCCUACUGUACUGCCGCAUCAACCCCCAAUACAUCACUCACUUAUAUGUCAGCUACUUACUUACUGAUAUCGUGUAUGUUACUAAAUAUUCUGUGUACUGAAGGAUAGAUUUGGCUGCACUCUGGCCAGGAAAUUCCCAAGCAUUACCCGCCCUGUCGGACUUCAUAUCUUAGUCUGACUAUGGUGUGUGAGUAACCGAAGCAACGAAUGAAUAAUAUGUGAAUAGAAAAGACUCCCUGACCAGGAUCUAUAAUCUCUAUGCCAUGUAUUGAAAUAAAGUAUAUAUUAUCC